UAUGUUACAUGCUAUCCUUUCCUCCUGUGUGCUAAUUUUAGUUUCGUUACCGGUAGCUUCUCCGUUAGAAGUCUAAAAUGUAUUAAUAAAUAUUUAUAUAUUUCCGUAAUAUCAUUAUUUACAGAAGACACAUAUUUUGGAGAGAUGGAUUAUCCAAACCAGAGUGCGUUCAGACAGCGUAAGUUACCAAAUGUCAGGAUGCGAGGCUCUCCUAUGGACCCCAGUGGUCCCAGUCCAUUAUUUGAUGACACUAGCGCUGGGGUACACAAGCAUGAACACAUGGGAAAGGGCCAGGAUGCUUAUACUGGACAGGCCUUCCUCUCAGACCCCAUGUCUAACCUGGCUAUGGCUUACGGCACCAGCCUCGCCUCCCAUGGCAAAGAGAUGAUGGAUAAGAACCUGGAUCGAUUCAUCCCUAUCUCAAAGCUAAAGUACUAUUUUGCAGUAGACACAGUAUAUGUCGGAAAGAAGCUUGGAUUGCUCGUAUUUCCCUACAUGCAUGAAAACUGGGAGGUGAGCUAUCAACAGGACACACCAGUUGCCCCACGGUUUGAUAUCAAUGCCCCUGAUCUCUACAUUCCUGUAAUGGCUUUCAUUACAUAUAUCCUGGUUGCAGGGCUGGCCCUGGGCACGCAAAACCGGUUUUCUCCAGAGAUUUUGGGCAUGCAAGCGAGCUCAGCUCUGGUGUGGCUUAUUAUUGAGGUGCUGGCUGUGCUUCUCAGUCUUUAUCUAGUGGCAGUAAACACCGACCUCACCACUAUUGAUCUGGUGGCCUUUUCUGGAUACAAAUACGUUGGGAUGAUAGUGGGUGUGGUUUCAGGGCUUCUGUUUGGGCGGACAAGCUAUUACCUCACGUUGCUCUGGUGCUGUAUCUCUAUUUCUGUCUUUAUGAUUCGCACAUUGCGGUUGAAGAUCCUGUCUGAGGCAGCUGCAGAGGGGCGGAUAGUGCGAGGUGCAAAAAAUCAGCUGCGAAUGUAUCUAACAAUGUCUAUUGCUGCUGCACAACCUGUGUUCAUGUACUGGCUUACCUUUCACCUAGUCAGAUAGUAACUGGAGGAACAACCAAUGUUUCUACCAUAGCAGACACAAAGAAAAA